AUGGUAGGCGUAGGUUGUUUGCGUGAUCCAUGGUUUUGCUGUGGGUACCAUCAGGAGAGGAAGGAUAUGAGAUCAGUUGAUCGAAGUGACAGCAACAUCGCGGGAAUGCGAAAUAUAUGCAUAAUGGUAAGGUCGACCGAAUGUGGAUUCGCUGUUAAGGAAUACCGGCUUGCACGUCGCCGUGAGUUAUCAGUGGUGUGUCGCAUGCUUAUACGUCUAGCCAAGGUAAAAGCAAACAAGAACGAUAGUUCAAGCAAAGUGGACGAAGCACCCACUGCUGACACUUUCGCAGCACUCUGCAGGCCAGUUACAAUUCUGCGUGGAAUGCUCCCGAAGAGCACCAGGCAGUGUAGGGCUAAAAGGAAAUGGCUUUGA